UGAAAUAUUGUGAAAUAAGCAAGAUAAAACAAGAAACUCAUAUUUAGAAGGAUUUUGUAAAACGACAUUUCUCGGCUUAGAAAGAAAAUUAACUGCGAUAAUAUUUCAUUAUCAUGCAACAAACUGAGAAAAAUAAAACACAAAAAUACACGAAUGGACCUACACCUUCGUGGUCCGCAAAAUAUCAAACAACAAAUGUCAGAGAUUCUUCGAAUGCCAAUUGGAAAUAUGUUAACAAACAUAAUUUAUCUGUUCCAUCGAACAAAAAUAAUAGAAAACAACUCAAUGCGACGGCUGAACCAAUAACAAGUUAUUAUUCCUCUAUGAAUUCUUACAAACAAAAUAAACAUAACAAUUAUGAAUCGCCAACCCACACAAAAUACACGACGUUUCAAAAUAUAGAACCACAUAGAUGGACUACUCACAAUCAUCCUAGAACAACACCUCGAAACAAACUUUACGCGACAAACAAUAAUAUUGCAAUCGUGAGAAAAUCUAUUUAUAAGAAAAACGAUUUGGAGGAUGACGAUGAAAACGUCAGAUAUGCUGCUGAUGAGGAAUUGGGAAACUUAACUGAAGAUAAUGUCGAGGAGGAUACAAUUGAAGAAGUUGAGGAUGAUCAAGAAGAAACAGCUGCUGAAUCCGUCGAUAAGGAUUACGAGGAACACGAAGCUGACGAUGAAAUUGACGAAGAAUCCGAUUCAACUGUCUUGAUAUCACAAAAAUGGCAAAGACGACCUAAAAAAGAUGGAAUAUCACAAGAACAACAAAGAUCAAGAAUAAUUAAACAACAACAAUUUGACCCACGUAAACUUCGUUAUCAACAAUACGUACAAAACUCGUAUGACAGUCAUCCAAGAAUAAGAUACUAUAACGAUCUCGAUGAUCAAGAUGAAAUAGAACUUUAUACCUACGAGGAACCCGUACGACCACCAACACCACCAAAAAGUUCAAUUAGACGGUCGAGAAUGAACCAUCAACAACAUUGGACAACACCAUUUAGAAGUUCGUCCGAUCGAUACGAUACCAAUCCUUCUUUGAAUCAAUCGAUUCGUCGAUCUCAGCCUAAAAAAGAUGUUGAAGAUUUAUUACAUUCGGAAAAUAAAAAUACUAAAAAAUGUAUAAGAUGUGGUGCACCUUCUGGUAGCAGAUUAUCAACGAAAACUAAGAAGAACGUUUGCAGAUUUCAAGAGUAUCCUGAUUAUAUCGUGAAAGAAUCUUUCGGCGACGAUAUGGAUGCAGUUGAAAAAAUUUUAUGCGGUCGUUGCAACAUCAACAAACAUAAUUACGAGGAUAUCGAAGGAUCUUACAGAUCAGCAAGAUCAACUUUGCAAACAUUAAAACCACGACGAUCUAAGGGCUCUAAAGGAAUUUCUGAAGUAUCAGAAGAUUUUCCGAUAAACGAAGAAAUUCCAAAUGAUUAUAUAAACAACAGAUAUUCAAGAGACCCUACUUCUUCUGCUAACACCGUUCACGAUAAGACGAGACAUUCUACGCAAACAACGACGCGUGGGCCAACCAGAUCGUUCUCUCGUUAUGGUACUCAACAACAACAGCCUACUUUUUAA